CGUGUGGAGUACUGGGUGUUGAGACAUGUUGCAACAUUACAUGUAGUCUAGUCAGCCUGGCCAGAUUAAUCUCCGGUUCAGCCAGGUCAGUAUAAGGAGGUGGGGUCUGGUUAAUCAUUUAUUAAAUGUGAUCAGCUGAUCUUCUCAGGCCCAUAAAUUGACGGAGUUCCUGCAACACUGUCUCCGGCAAAGAGGACAUUGGAGGUAGAUAAAAUGCGGGGUAUAUCUUAUUGUACGAUAGUGGCUGCGCUGCUCUGCGUGGCCUUGGCGGCGCCCCAUGACGGGGACCACGCCGGUCACACAGAAGACCACCACCACCACCUCCACCACAUCGCUGGCGAGGCCCACCCUCAGCACAGCCACGGGGAAGAAGAGUCCUGCCACAAGCUGGCGCCCCACAACGCAGACUUCGCCUUCACCCUGUACAGGAGCCUGAGCAAAGCCAACACCGAGAACAUGAACAUUUUCUUCUCUCCUCUGGGCAUUGCCACUAGUCUGGCUAUGCUGUCCCUUGGGGCUAAGGGAGACACCCACAGCCAGCUGUACUCCGCUCUGGGCUACGGCGCCUUAACACCGGAGCAGGUGAACAAUGCUUACGAGCACCUGUCCCACAUGUUGGGCCACACUGGGGAGGCCAUGCAGCUGGACAUGGGCAAUGCCUUGGCUCUGAGGGACGGCUUCAAGCCCCUAGCCAAGUUCCUCGAGGACGCCAAGCACUUCUACGCCAGCGAAGGCUUCACGGUCGACUUCAAGAACCCAGCUGAGGCUGCCGCCGAGAUCAACAAGUUCAUCGCCAAGAAGACCCAGGACAAGAUCACAGACAUGGUGAAGGAUCUGGACCCUGAUACAGCCAUGAUGCUCAUCAACUACGUCUUCUUCAGAGGGAAGUGGGAUAAGCCCUUCGAUGCCACGCUGACCCACAAGGCUGACUUCAAAGUGGACGAGAACACCAAGGUGCAGGUGGACAUGAUGAAGAGGACGGGUCGUUAUGAGUUGUAUCAGGACCAGGAUAACUUCACCACCGUGGUCAUACUGCCUUACAAAGGCAACUCCUCAAUGAUGGUGGUCCUGCCCAACGAUGGAAAGAUGGAGCACGUGGAGGCCUUCAUCAACAAGGACUACCUGAAGCACGUGCACGAGCACCUGUUCAGGACCAAUGUGGAUAUCUUCAUGCCCAAGUUCUCCACCUCUACCUCGUACUCCCUGGGAGAUCAUCUGAAAGACAUGGGCGUGGUCAGUGCCUUCGGUGACUCAGCUGACUUCUCUGCCAUCUCUGAGGAUACCAAACUGAAGGUGUCCAAGGUUACCCACAAGGCUGUGCUGAGCGUAGAUGAGAAGGGGACUGAGGCGGCCGCUGUAACUACGAUAGAGAUCAUGCCUAUGUCUCUCCCAGACACCAUCAUGCUCAACAGGCCCUUCCUGCUCUUCAUCCUGGAGGACUCUACCAAGAGCAUUGUCUUCAUGGGCAAAGUCACCAAUCCCAGCCUCAAAUGAACUACAGAGAGGGAGGGAAAGGGAGGGAGAGUGUGAAUAACAUCUGAGGAGAUUUAAGAAAGUUGUUUGUCUCUCAUGCUUUAACAAGUGGCAAAACAUAUCUGUAUCUGACUUUGCGGUUCGCAGUUGUGGCAUUCAAAUGUCGGCCAUUUUGUCUACAUGUGUUUUUAUAUCAACUCUAUACCUAAAAGCAGAGGUGUGUGUGUGUCUGUGUGAGUUUGUAGUUAGCUUGAAAUUGUACUGAUGUCCAUCCUGGUUUGUUGAUAGUGAUGUGUCAUGGUUAUGUCUCUGGAAGUUGUGUGUCUAACGCAUUUUCAAAAAAUAAACACAUCUCCCAACAACAUUAAAAAGAAAAUGUUAUAUUGUCA